AUGGCCUCGAGCUGUCUGGGUCAUAUUGCGACUGCGUACCUAGCCAGCCACUUUGUCGCCAACACAACCGAAGUCUUCUUCCAGGACCUCCUGCGUAAUGACUCCGAGCACUACCUUGCCGGCGUCGCCACCUGGGCCGACACGAUCCGGUACACGCGCUGGGGACACUUCACCGGGCCCUUUCACUUCAUCGAUGCCAAAGAUAGUCCGCCCGACUACUGCGGCGUCGACCUCGAGCGGGACUGCAAAGAUCAAGGCUGCGUCGUGACGGCUCUCGCAAACUACACUGCUCGGUCUCUGGAUCCCAAGCUGAGCGGGUGGGAACGCAACCAGGCGGCGAGGUUUGUCGUGCACUUCAUCGGCGACAUGCACCAGCCUCUCCACAACGAAGAUGUGGCUCGGGGAGGUAAUGGCAUUCACGUCAAAUGGCAGGGCUCCGAUUACAACCUGCACCACGUCUGGGACAGCUCCAUUGCCGAAAAGCUGAUAGGAGGUUCUCGUCGGAGGCCCUACGACAACGCGAAGAAAUGGGCGGAUGAGCUUGCUGACGAGGUCAAGACUGGAAAGUUUGCUGCGCAAAAGGCAGAGUGGCUCAAGAGUCUGGAUUUCAACAACGUCAACGCUACCGGCCUGGAGUGGGCGAGAGAGGGAAACGCUUUCGUGUGCACCCACGUAUUUCCUGAGGGGCCGCGAGCUAUUGUCGGCCAAGAGCUUAGCGGCGAGUACUUCCAAAAAGCGGCACCUGUAAUUGAGCUUCAGGUCGCCCGCGCGGGUGUGAGAAUGGCUGCUUGGCUGGACCUCAUCGCCGCGGCAUACCAAGACCAGGCGAAGGCGGCCGAACCUGUCAUGGAAGACUUGUAA